UGUCUUUAGCAACAUUUAGCGACAUUUGAUAAUGUGGCAGCCGAGAUAUCCCGCCUAUGGGAUGCGGUUUUCCGUUUGAAAAGCACCCUAUAUUUCCAAGAACGCAGAGUCAAAUGACUUUCAGCUCCUCCUCUCUGGACUUCUAACGGAGAGUUGUGGGUGUUGUUGGAUAUUCUAGCUGGUCUGGUCUGGUCAAAGACAUAAUCACCUCUUUCUGGAAAAAACCUUCAUUUUACAGAUUUUACAGACUGAUUUUACUUUGAAUCAUGAAAAUUUUAAAUUCAGAUGAGUUAAAAAUAGCGGAGACUACUUUAUAUGCACAUCUGCCUAAAUCUAUAAAGGUGUAUGGAUUUGUUUUCGCUAUGAACAGAGGGAAACCACAAGCUUUGGAAGUAUUGGUGGAUACGUGGCCAGCUUUUACCACUAUUAUUUUUCGACCAGAUCCAAAUAAUAUUCGAACAAAGGACUAUUUGAAGAAAGUGACUCUAUACAGCACUGAUGAAGAAGUCCUGAGAAAAAUGCUGACUACGGAAAACGCAAUUGACUGGAGCACAAACUUUCUAAUAGGAGGAUGUGAUGUACGUCAUAUCCCAAUGCUGAAGGAAAUUGCUGCUUCUCGGGGUGUCAGUAUGAAAGAGUUUUCCUUGGUGCACCUUAUGACAUUAACAGACCCCAGUCAUUUACCUGAGCUUGUUACCAGUGAUCUCGAGUCCAGAGUGUCUGUCCUCAAUGAGUCACAUGUCGAUGUAAUUAACAAGACUUGGAAAUUUGGUGGGGAUGAAAAAAGUUACAGGAACAUCCUGCAUCUCAUCAGACAUUUCCCCUCAUGCUGCAUUACAGAUGAGAACAACCAGCCUGUGUCUUGGGUGCUGUCGUAUGAUUACUAUGCCAUGGGGAUGUUGUACACUCAGCCAGAGCAUCGUGGGAAAGGCUAUGCCAAAACCCUGAUCACCACAAUGGCAAAGAGGCUCCAUUCUCAGGGCUAUCCAGUGUACUGCUUCAUUGAAGAAUGCAAUGAGCUUUCCUACAAACUUUUUAAAAACAUGGGUUUUACAGAGGACCCCUCUUAUAGAGCCACCUGGUAUGAAUUCAAUUGAUAGUGUGAAUACUCAUCAGUACUCCUGAUUGAAAGGGGGAAAAAACUCUUAGGAAGUCAUCAUGAAAUCAAAAUGGACAAUUCUGAUUUGUAUUAGAAUACUUCCCAGCCACAUCUCUUCUGAUUAAUAAGCCCUCAAUCAAUUCCAACAAAAAUCUGUUUCAUGCAGGUAUCACAAUGGAAAAUAAAGAUGAUCACAAUUUGUUUCUUACUGACUGUAACUGCAUGAUUUAAUUUUUGUACAUUCAUAUAAAAAGUUGUAUUUUAUACACAACAUUUUAAAUAAAUCAUAAUG